AUGGCAGGCAGGCUAAAGAGUAAAUCAGCAGGGCUAAAACUAGAUUUGAACACGUCCUUCUCUGAUGCAAAUCAAGAAGAAAGUGAACAUACAGCAGAUUGGCGACAAGACAUUGUGCGUCUAGUACAGCAUCAUGAUGAUGAUAACAAUGACCUAAAACCAGAAGACGUUGAGCCUAUACAGAAACUAGGCGAAGGAGCAGCUGGUACAGUGUGGAAAAUCAGAUAUAAGCCUACAAAUCAAACGAUGGCCAAAAAGACAAUGACAGUUGAUCCAGACCCUCAGCUACAAAGACAGAUUUUGCGAGAAUUAUCAUUUUUAAAGACAUGUGAAUCACCUUAUAUCGUAGCAUUCUAUGGAGCAUUCUUGGAAGAGACAACAGUAUCCAUCUGUAUGGAAUACUGUGAAGGAGGCAGCUUAGAGGAUAUUUAUAAAAGAGCAAAUGAAUUGCAAGGCGUGAUUGGUGAAACUAUAUUGGCUAAUGUAGCGGAAGCAGUGUGUCGAGGAUUAAUUUACCUGCAUUCACAACACGUCAUUCAUCGAGAUGUCAAACCAUCCAACAUAUUGAUGACAAGGCAGGGAAAAAUCAAGCUAUGUGAUCUAGGCGUAUCUGGAGAACUGAUUAAUUCAUUAGCACAAACAUUUACAGGCACUCAAUAUUAUAUGGCACCUGAACGUAUCAAAGGGGCCAGUUACACAGUUCGAUCCGAUAUUUGGUCAUUGGGUCUUACGAUCAUCGAAGUGGCACAAAACAGGCCUGCUUUACCACCAGCGGAUCAACCAAACUUGACAAUAUUCGAACUUUUGGAUUUCAUUAUUCAUCAGCCGAUGCCGACAGUAGGAGAAGAAAGAUCGAUUGAAUGUCAAGAAUUUGUAGCUACUUGUUUAAUUAAAGAUCCAGAAUCAAGGCCAACUCCAGAAGAGAUGCUAAAACACGAUUUUAUUAAAAAGAGAGCAGAUCCAAAUUGUGAUAUGGAAGGAUGGUUAAAGGAGCUUUGGGGCUGGAAUUAA